UUGUGUCUCCACCAUUGCUUGAAGCUUCCUUUUCCUUUAUAUUAACAGAGACAGACAGUGUUUAUUAUUACUAAAAAACCACACGUUAACUUUUGCUUACCAUUCUUACAUUACAAUCACCAAAUUAAUUAAAUUUAACUCUUCGAUUAUUGUCAUUAAUUAAUAAUGUCUUCACCCGAGGAAACAACAAACCUUAAAGCUGGUCAUCCUCCUGCAGUCAAAGUCGGUGGUAUGCGAAUAACACAACACAAGACUGAGAAACCAAAAGAGGAAAAGGAAACUCGACCAGUUGAAGAGGAUGAAGAGCAAGAAGCUGGAAUAGUUGUUCCCGAAGUUGCCCAAAAAAAUCAAAAUAUUGUAAUCUCUGGUGCAGUUACUCGAGGUGAUGCUGACUUUCCUCCUGAAGCAAUCAAAGCAUUCCAUGAAAAACCUGUUCCAUCCCAUGAUUAUCGGGCAGCUCCACCAAAGAACCAUACAAUUCAACAACCAAGGAAAUGAAUCUGUUAUCCGUCUUUGUAAAAAUUGAAGGAAACAAGAAAUGAAACCCAUUCCCUUCAGAUAAUUUUUUCAAAAAUUUCAGUCUAACCAGAAAAGAAGCUUUGAUAUUUUGAAAAUCUGAUAAUCCUAAAAUUGAAAACUUAACUAACAAAAUUAAUAUCAAGUUGAAAAUAAAAAUUUAACAAUAAAU